GCGCGAAGGUCUCAGAGGCCCCCAGCUUCCGCACCCCCUCCACCUUGAAACUUGGAGCUGGGUAGGGGUCCAGCAUGAAGCCCCCGGACCGCCCCGCCCCUGGCCGCACUGACCGGAUACUGGGGGUUAUGGGGGGCUUGCUUCGCACAUGCGCCAUACCCGGGCAGGAGGGGACCCCGAAGAGAAACCCCGUAGGGUCGGGGUGUACUGAACCAGAGAGCAACUGUUCCGAGGGGGAUCAGAGAGGGGAGCGCGAUCAGGAGGUCCUCGCUUGGGCUCCGCAGCCCGAAUCCUAUUCCAUUACUGGCAGUGAGGGGAGUAUAUCAGCUUCUGCUGCUUCCGGUCUGGCUGCCCCUUCUGGCCCCAGCUCAGGCCUCAGCUCUGACCCCUGUUCCCCAGCCCCUCUAGGGCCAGUCAGUGGCCUGAGGAGAUGGUUGGAUCAUUCCAAGCAUUGUCUUAGUGUGGAAACUGAGGCAGACAGUGGCCAAGUGGGACCAUAUGAGAACUGGAUGCUUGAGCCAGCGCUAGCCACAGGAGAGGAGCUGCCAGAACUGACCUUGCUGACCACAUUGUUGGAGGGCCCUGGGGAUAAGACACAGCCACUUGAAGAGGAGACUUUGUCCCAAGCAUCUGAGAGUGAGGAGGAACAGAAGAAGAAAGCUCUGGAAAGGAGUAUGUAUGUCCUGAGUGAACUGGUAGAAACAGAGAAAAUGUAUGUGGACGACUUGGGGCAGAUUGUGGAGGGUUACAUGGCCACCAUGGCUGCUCAGGGGGUUCCUGAGAGUCUUCGAGGUCGUGACAGGAUUGUGUUUGGGAACAUCCAGCAAAUCUACGAAUGGCACCGAGACUAUUUCCUGCAGGAGUUACAACAGUGUUUGAAGGAUCCCGAUUGGCUGGCUCAGCUCUUCAUCAAACAUGAACGAAGGCUUCAUAUGUAUGUGGUGUACUGUCAGAAUAAGCCCAAGUCAGAGCAUGUGGUAUCAGAGUUUGGGGACAGCUACUUUGAGGAGCUCAGGCAGCAGCUGGGGCACCGCCUGCAGCUCAGUGACCUCCUCAUCAAACCUGUGCAGCGGAUCAUGAAAUACCAGCUGCUGCUCAAGGAUUUUCUCAAGUAUUACAGUAGAGCUGGGAUGGAAACCAAGGAGCUGGAGCAAGCUGUGGAGGUCAUGUGCUUCGUGCCCAAGCGCUGCAAUGAUAUGAUGACCUUGGGGAGACUGAGGGGAUUUGAGGGUAAACUCACUGCUCAAGGGAAGCUCUUAGGGCAGGACACUUUCUGGGUCACAGAGCCUGAGGCUGGAGGCCUGCUCUCUUCCCGGGGUCGAGAGAGACGCGUCUUCCUCUUUGAGCAGAUCAUCAUCUUCAGCGAGCCUCUGGGAGGAGGAGCACGAGGUGGCACACAGCCUGGAUAUGUGUACAAGAGCAGCAUCAAGGUGAGCUGCCUGGGACUGGAGGGGAACCUCCAAGGUGAUCCUUGCCGCUUUGCCCUGACCUCAAGAGGGCCGGAGGGUGGGAUCCAGCGCUAUGUCCUGCAGGCUUCAGACCCUACAGUCAGUCAAGCCUGGAUCAAGCAAGUGGCCCAGAUCCUGGAAAGCCAGCGGGACUUUCUCAAUGCUUUGCAGUCACCCAUAGAGUAUCAGAGACGAGAGAGCCAGACCAACAGCCUGGGACGGCCAGGAGGGCUUGGGGUAGGGAGCCCUGGGAGAAUACGGCCUGGAGACCGGCCCCAGGUCCUUAGUGACACCCUGCCAGCUCCUCAUGACUCUCCUCCAGUCCCUCCAGCUCUGAAUACCCCUCUCUGCCAGGCAAGACUUGCCAAGCUGGAUGAAGAUGAGCUGUAACUGGUGCAGGCCAUGGGGAUAUGCUGACUCAGCCACCUGUUCCCCAAGGGACUUCAAGGCAAUUCUUCGGGCACCACUCCAGAAUUCCUCCUUAGUAUGUCUGGAGUGCGAGCAAGGCUGGGAAGAUAUCAACUUGGAGGAGAGUACCUAGGCCCAAAAAGACUUUUCUGCCCCAAGAAACACAGGAUUCUUCAGCUCCAUCCCUGUGCAUGCAUCACCAUCCCCUCAAAAGGAGGAUUAUGUGGGUGGUUGGGAGGGAGGGCUGGGGCAAGGGUUUGGAUUAUUCUUUGGGUUUUGAUUUUGUUUUUCCUGUUUUCUGAGAAUGAAAGUUUUGUUGUAUCACAGAGGCUGCUGUCUUGCCAGAGGGAAGGAGAGAGAGGUAGUGGGGAUAGUGAGGUGAAGUAUAGAAGAGGCUAGCUGGCCCCAGUCAUUUGAGGAGGGGCUUGGUGAAAGAACUAGUCAUAGGGUAUAAAAGAUGUUGCUGUCUUCAUCCCUCACAUACAGUUACAGCAGCUCUCAGUCCAGACCUGGGGCCUUGGGCCUUUGGAAGGCCUCAGAAUCCUCAAUGUAUUCUUCCCUUUAUCUGGCUCUCCUUCCCUGUAAUCCUCCUUCUGGUCUAGACCCCACCAGAAAGCUCAAUGUGGUAUGACUUCCCACUAUUCCCAACUCCCAGACCCUUAAGCACAAAUACCCAGUGUACCUGUCCUCCUGCGGCCUCUGUGUUCAGCUGGGGAAUGGAAAGAUUGAUAGGAGGCUGGGAGCCAUGGUGCCUUCCUGGCUGGGGUUUUUCCUUGCCAUCUGAGAGAUGGUAAAGCAUAUCCAUACUGAGCAGGCAGGGAUUUAUCUUCAAACCCUGAUCCAAGAAUGGAGAGUCCAAAGGGGUCUUCCCCCUCCAAACUUCUGGCACAGCCCCUGGAACAGCAAGAGCCAAACAUGCAGAGAUGCAGAUGCCCAGAUCUAGGUCCUUGUGUAUCCACAUGUCCACUGUGUCCAUUUGUCCCUUGGGCUUAGUCACGUGUUCUGGGGCUUCCUCAGUAGACAAUAGACUAUUGGGGUGGGAGAGUAAGGAGAUGUUGGAGUCUCCCUGAGGGCCCCAGGUCUCUCUGGCCGACAAUGAAGGGAGGGAUCUCUAAGGGGGGGACAGGACGUAAGACCCAGAUAAGAUUUCUGGGGAACAAUAGAAGGAAUUGAGGGGAGCCCCCACCCUCUAUGUACCCCACCCCUGGGGCUUUAGGGUCAGGGUCUGGGGAGCCAGAGGAUGAUAGGGAGGGGUGCCAGAGGUUCUUGUGAAUGGAGGAGGGGACUGCAGCUAUUAGCAGGAUUUGGGAGCUCAGAGCCUUUAUAUUUCUUUAAUGACCACAGUAGGUGGGGUGACCCCUUUGUACUUAGUUUAACCAUGCUUGUAUUUUUGAGUGCCUACUUUGAGAACAGCACCUGAAUGUACUAACCGGUGCUUCAGGAUUUCUUUUUUGGCUCCCAGGAAACAAAAUAAUAAUGUCAUUAUUUCCCCUAAAGUGGGUCCAGCCAUUCCUUGCAGAAGUGUAGGUGGUGGUUCUAUCAUCAUUGUCUAAUAUAUGUAAUUGUUUCCCAU